UCGACGCUGUGCUAUCCUGCUGCACGACGCCCUCACUCUCUUGUAUCCCUCCGCGAAUCCUGCACAGAAGCCUCUAUCCGAGCUCGCCGACACGCCCCUUGUACCUCCGUAAACGAUGGCACCAGCCUCGAAGAAACGCAAAACAGGAUCAGCAACGCCGGUGGGCGCGACUGCUGCUGGUGCUGCUGAUGGUGGGGGCGCGAAGAGUUCGGCGAUCGAGUUGCUGGACGAGUUCAAAAAGCUAAGGGCGUCAUGGCCGAAGGAGAUGGCUAGACUUCUAGACCCAUCGCUGCCUGAUGAACGGCGCUCCGAGCUGUGGGAGAUCAUGUGUUCGGGGGGCGAUGUGCUGAGGCAGCGGUUUGCCUGGGCUAUUCCGGACGAGAGGGCGCUUCGGAUCAUCAAGCAUUUCGGCCCCAUCGUGGAGGUUGGCAGUGGGCUGGGGUACUGGGCGAAGCUCUUGCGCGCCCGAGGCGUGGACAUCAACCCCUACGACAAGGUGGCGGGCACCCCGGACACCGCCUCCGCAGCACCCGACUCUUCUCAAACCAAGGGCAAGAGUACGAGCAAGGACGCCAAGGUCAAGAGCGCAGCCGAAGGGGAUGGAAAAGAGGACGCUGACGAGGGGGGGGGAGGCGAGGCGCCUUCGUUCUGGAUCAAGGUGAAUGAGGGUGGACCCGACGUGUUGGAAGAACCCUGCAACGAGGACCGCUCGCUGUUCCUGUGCUACCCGGACGACUUUGAGGGAGAGACGGAAAGCCUGGGUCUCCGGUGCUUGCACGCCUUCGAAGGAGACGUGGUGAUCCAUGUCGGGGAGCUGUUCGGGGACUCUGUCAGCAUGACGCCGGGCCAAUCGCCGUGGGGUCGCACAACUUCGCAGGAGUGCCAGGAGGAACUGGCGUCCAAGUUCCACUGCAUUCUAAAGGUACCCCUCCCUAGCUGGCCUCACUCUCGCGACACGCUGACCGUGUGGAAACGGCACUCGUUUUGCUCCAUCCAGUAUGACGACGACGACGAUAGUGAUGAUAACGAGGCAGACGAAAAAGGCAACGAAGGCGACAAGGACGCAAAAGCCCAAGGAAAGGAGCCGGGAGAAAAGGGCAAGAAUUCGUCACCCAAAGGCGUUAGCGGGGACGGGCAUGGGGCUGAAGGCGGAGGCCGAAAAGGGGGAGAGAAGGGUGAAGGAAGCGACAAGGACGGCUCCGAUGGCGAUGAUGAUAGCGACGAGUCUCGUUCUUCUUCAGGGUCCGAUGAUUUCGGGUCGAUAGAAGGCCUGCCGAUAGGGAUGCUCGACGUCGACAUGUACGCGUUUGUACCCGAAGACGAGAGGAUGCCGUGCGCGCAGGCGGCGCCGUGCGCACGGUUUCUUCUCGACGCGGAACCGUUCUACUACAACUCGCCUUGUUCACCGUGCCCAUUAUCGCUACGCUCUCCGCGGGGUCAAGUACAUACACCGACGGCAACAUCCGACGAGCUCUUCACCAUGAGCUCGGAAAGCCCGGAGCAGCUCACGGACAUCGUCGUGUGGGUAGACACGACGCUCAGAGGGCAGGACCCCGGUAUCUCCCACCCACCCAGCAAUCCGCACACGAAAUUCCCGUUCAACAAGAUGGGGAGCUUUUUCGAGGGAGCGGCGGGGGCGAUCGACGUUGCCGAAAUGGAGCGUCAAAACAUGAGUAAGGCCGAGGGUGAACAGUGUGCGCUGGACGAUUUCUGGGGACUGGUUGCGAACCAGGUGGAACAGGCUGAAGCGACGGCGGCAAUGGAGCGAGAAGACCUUCUAAGUGCGCAAAUUAGGGCGAGGAUCAAGAAAGAAGAGAGGUACAGGCUCUGGGAGCAGGAGGACCGAAGGAAAAGGGAAACUAGGAGCGCCGUAAGAGAGCACCUGGAGGACCAUGCUCGCAGGGAGUACCUCGAGAUAUUCUACAACGCACCUUCGGCAGAGAUGGCCAUGAACUACACCUGGCCAACUCGUGGUUCGCUAGACGGAACAACACUGGGUCAGAAAUCGUCCGGUUCGCCGAUGGGCGAUACGGAGGUGACGUGGACCGGGAGGGGAAGCAGCGGUCGUGGUGGUGGCGGCGGGGAGUCUCCUUGCACAACGUCACGAGGUGGUGAUGACGCGGGAACAGCGCUGUCAGCAGCUCAGAGCAGUCGGGACGUGCUCAGCGAUUGGAACCCGAGCAGCUGCAGCAGCAGCAGCGCGGGUACAGGGACGGAGGGCUCAUCGACCCGUCCGUUCCACGUCUUCUGCGGCAAGAAAACGCACCAGGUUUUCCCGGCGAGAGACUGCUUCGUCCCUCCCCGACACCUCUCCGAGCCCACGACGAAGCACGGUCUUAUCUCGGUGCACGCGUUGGCUGCUGCUGCUGCUGCUGCUGCAGCAUGCCCGGCCGGCCGAGAGAAGACUGCAGGACCCGAGACGGUUGACCCCGCCGGCGCCAACGCCCCCUCGGGGGUCUCCAAGGCUGUGCACCUGCCCCCCCUUCUUGAAACACAUGGGGAAGGCUGGCCCGCGGCGGUGCCCAGCGCCGGGAGAGUAGCCGCCACCGGGGAACCGCUAUCUUCGAACAAGAGGCCGCCCUCAUGGCAACGGCCGCGGUCGGUGUCCUCUUUCGAGCGCAAGCUCGCAGCCCGUCGCCAGCAGUGGUCGAGAGAGGCCGAAGAGGAGGCGGAGGAGCGAGCGUUCGCGGAGCAACGGCGCACUCAGGAGCUGCUUCUGGGCGUACAGGGUAUUGACGACGGGGGCUGGCAGGGUGGCGGUAGAGCAGGCUACCGCUACAAGGUCGGGGAAACUGCUGCCAUUUCGCCGGGGUCCACGCGGGCUGGACGCCGGUGCCACAGGAACGGGGGUGGUGUCAGGUUUGCUCGGCAGCGUCGCGCACGGAGCCGUGGCUGGCGAGACCGUGGCUACCACGACUGGGGUGAUGAUGAAAAGGUGACGGAGUUGGUUCCUGAGGUGGAGGAGAAGCUCCUGACCGAGAUGUAUGGCAUGUUGGACGCCCGACAUCGGGGGGAGGUCCGUCUUGACGAGGUCUUGUUCUACAUGACGGAGAACGCGCAGGUUAAAUCGAUCUUAAAGCAAGUUCCCCUUUGGAUGCUGACGAAAACCCGUCGUUGGGCAUGGGUUGACGAGCUACUCGCCGCCCAGCCCGGCCGCACGCUUACCUUACCGGCGCUGCUGGCCUUCAGUCGCAGUCUUCACGAAGAGAGCCACGUGCCACGGAAGCACCUGCGGCUCGCAACGGAGCUGGGGGAGGGCGGCGUGGAGCGGAAGGAUGUCCGCUCGAAGCGACUUUUGCCGGCUGAUUUAGUGGAAGGGGCAGAGGUGGAAGCGCUGUUUAGAAAGGGAUUUGAGCGAUACCGGGCAUGGAUCGUCAGGUGCCACGCGGAUGAUACCUUCGACGUACGCUUCACGCCCCCCCCCUCGCUUUGCUCGGACGAGCCGUCUCCCCGUCGGGGGGGGCAGGAAGCAGGAGAGCAGCGACCCGAGUUAGAGACAUCCUCUCGAUUCUCCGGAUCGGAGGAGGACUGGAGGAGUGAUGCAGAGAACUCUUCUCUGAAAGCGGAAGAAGAGUGGAAGGCAACCUGUGACAGCGUCGCCCGAUUUAUUGGCAUUCCGCCGGACCUCGGAGAAACCGAGACAGAGGUACUCGAAAAGGCCUUCGACGCCAUCGUCAACUUGGUCUCACCGACAACACAGGCGGCCCUCGAUAGCGACGAGACCGACGCGGUCGGGGAUGCAAGAGGCAAAAGCGGGAAAGGAAUCAAAGGACCCAAAGGAAUCACCACCCCCACCGCAAAUCAACCGCCAAAUCCCAACCGUGAAGAUGCGACGCAGCAGGGGGGCCUUGCUCGUAGACGACAGCACGAAGAUGGGGGUCAUCUCGAAAGAAAAAACGGUCUUGUUGGAACCCCGGACGCUGACGCUGCGCCGCGGGUCCCCGCCGGUGAGAUAAUCCGUCUCCUGCGUGCGGGGGCCAUCGACGGUUACCGGCGAGCGAGUCCGGCCCUCAGCGCGGCGUGCAUUUACGCAGAGUUUGCGGAGGGAUUAGAAGGCGCUGCCGCAACAAGAGGGCAGGACAGGGAAGCUCGCACGGCAAAUCAUCCUAUAGCGGACUGCUGUACGGAUGAGGAGGGGGACACACGUGGGGGGCAGCGAGGUAGCAGGGACAAGGGGGAGUGGGGGAUAUCGAAGGAGGAGUUCUGUGACUACUUUGAAGCGGUCACGGAUCUGGUCGAUCUAAAUGGUCUCAGCUUGGUCCCCCAGGUGCCGCGCGGCCUUGCCCGACCAUCGGCGGUGGAAGGAGGGUGA